AUAGUUUUGAUAAAAAAAUAAAAAAUUUCACCAAAACCUUCGAACAUCGCCGCCGAGAAGAAAAGGUUUUUAUCAAAACCUCCGACAUCGCCGUCGCUUCUUGUAGUCGUCUCCGUCAUCCUCCUCCACCUUCUUCAACAUCUCAAACCUCCCAUCACUAAACCCUAAUUUCAAUUCAAUUCGAUUCAAUUGAUUGAUUCAUCGAUGGGAAAGAAAGGAGGAGCCAAAAAUCUCCCAAAAUCGGAAUCAAAACCUCACAAUCCUAUUACACUGAGAGAAGAAGCCACUGGAAAAUUGAAAACGAAGCCAAUCGUUAACAUAAAGUCACAUUUGAGAAUCGAUCAUUUGAAAAAGCUUGCUGUGUGGACCUCUACUGACCCUCACAUACCGUCUUUGGCUGCCUUCUAUGGUCAGCAUUUGGCCACCGUUUCAGAGGCCGCUGGUGUACCUCCUGAUCCUUCUUUUCUCACUUGCCAAAGGUGCGAAACUGUUCUUCAUCCUGGCUUUAAUUCAACUGUACGAAUUGAAAAGAAUAGAUCAAAGGUCAGACAUAGGCAAAAGAAGUUUGGCAACAUUGCCCAAAACAAUGUUGUGUACAAGUGUCAUUUCUGUUCACAUCCGAAUAUCAAGAGAGGUACCCCUAAGGGACAUUUGAAAAAAAUAUGCCCGGCAAAAGAUAAACCAUCCUUAGAAUCAACACCAGCUACAAAACCAAUUCUACACAAACCUUUUAAAUUAGAGGAAUACAUGGUACGCAAAGAUGAAGGCUGUGAAAUACUCGCAGUUGGUUCAAAAGUUGUAGUUAAGGACGUCGCCCCUAUGAAGGGUCUUGAAACUCCGCGUAGUACAAGUACACCAACAUUGUUAGAAGCAAAGAAGAGAAGUAGAAAAAAUUCUGCAUCCAAGAACACACUUGAAACGCCAAGUAUGUCUGUAAGAGUAGAAACUCAUAGCACUGCGAGCAGAAGACGGAAAAGAUCUUGGACCAGUUUAAAAGAAAUUGCUCAGAGCAAAGAGCCUGAUAAUUUGACAAUCCCAUUUUUUUUAUAACUAGGAAGAUUUCUGCAUAUGUAAUUUAUUUUAAGAUUGAGCCAGAAGGUUGUUUUUCUCUGCUAGUUUCAAGCAGUUUUGUUGUUUUUGCUGUGUUUGAUGCUUUAUUGUAGGAAUUUUUUUACUGAGGAAUGAGAAUAUUUAAUUUUAGUUGUGGAUGAAAA